AGAGUUAGCUAGUAUGUUUCAAGCCUGAGCCUGAGUCUGUUAUUUACCAGGUUGGGUCUCAAUUUCCGAAUGGACCUUAUAGGAUGUUUGUGAAAAUCAAUGUCAUAAACUAAUGCUUGUGAAACGUCAGGGAAGUUCUUGACAGUUCUUAAUAAGUCUUUGGUAUGAUUGUUGUAUCACUUUAGGAACCCCAGAAGCUUGACUAUGUGGGUUGGGGUAUGGCCGAGAUGACCCUGCAGGGACAUAGGACACAGAGGUCCAGUGUCUCCAAAGACCAUUCCUCCUCUGCUGCCUCCAGCUGAUAAACCUCUUAUCUGGCCCAAGCAGGGGAGCCCAGAGCCAGGAUAGGAGAAGGCCGGGUUGCUAUCAGUCACCAGGCCUGGGCCAUAUCUCAUAGAAGGGGAGGGGCCGUCUGCCUGGUUCUUCCCACAACACACUCCUUGGGGAUCCCCAAGCACUCACUCUCCUCUUGGGAAGAUGAGGCAGAGGAGGAAAACUGAGGACAGAGAAGGGAAGCAGGAGUGAUCCCUGAAGUUCCCCCAGACAAAGGAACAAAAUAAAGCAAAACAAACCAGAAGGUGUGACUUCUGCCCUGCCGGUGUGGGGGAGUAAGAAGUAGGAGAAAGAGAAGGCAUCUUGUCUGAAAAAGAAGGUAAAGACCUCCUGGGCUCCCAAACAACCGACUACAGCCACCACAGGUUGCUGGGGACUUUGGGGCUUCAGGGACCCUGGACCAGGCCCUGGCCCAGUAGGAUGCCCCCGUGUCCUCCCCAGCAGAGCAGGAACAGGGUGACACAGUUGCCCACUCCAGAGCUGGGCGAGAUGGAACUGACUUGGCAAGAGAUCAUGUCCAUCACUGAGCUACAGGGUCUAAAUGCUCCAAGUGAGACAUCAUUUGAGCCCCCUGCCCUGGCCCCAUACCCUGGGCCCCCACCGCCCCCAACUUACUGCCCCUGCUCAAUCCACCCAGAUGCUGGCUUCCCCCUUCCUCCACCACCCUAUGAACUCCCAGCACCCACGUCUCACGUCCCAGACCCCUCGUACUCCUAUGGCAACAUGGCCAUACCAGUCUCCAAGCCACUAACUCUCUCCAGCCUGCUCAGUGAGUCCCUCUCAGAUCCUUUGGCUCUCCUGGACAUUGGGCUGCCAGCGGGGCCUCCCAAGCCCCAAGAAGACCCAGAAUCUGACUCAGGAUUAUCCCUCAACUAUAGUGAUGCUGAAUCUCUUGAGCUGGAGGGGACAGAGGCUGGCCGGCGGCGUAAUGAGUAUGUAGAGAUGUACCCAGUGGAAUACCCCUACUCACUUAUGCCCAACUCCUUAGCCCACCCCAACUAUGCCUUGCCACCUGCAGAGACCCCCUUAGCCUUAGAGCCCUCCUCAGGCCCUGUGCGGGCCAAGUCCACUGCACGGGGGGAGGCAGGGAGUCGGGAUGAGCGCCGGGCCCUGGCCAUGAAGAUUCCCUUCCCAACGGACAAGAUUGUCAACUUGCCGGUAGAUGACUUUAAUGAGCUGUUGGCACGGUACCCACUGACGGAGAGCCAGCUGGCAUUGGUCCGGGACAUCCGACGGCGGGGUAAGAACAAGGUGGCCGCCCAGAACUGUCGCAAGAGGAAGUUGGAGACCAUCGUGCAGUUGGAGCGGGAACUGGAGCGGCUGGGCAGUGAGCGGGAGCGGCUUCUCCGGGCCAGAGGGGAGGCCGACCGGACCCUGGAGGUCAUGCGCCAACAGCUGACAGAGCUGUACUGUGACAUUUUCCAGCAUCUGCGGGAUGAAGCAGGCAACAGCUACUCCCCUGAAGAGUAUGCUCUGCAACAGGCUGCUGAUGGCGCCAUCUUCCUAGUGCCCCGGGGGACUAAGAUGGAUGCCACAGACUGAGCUGGCCCAAGAGGUGGGCCUGUGAUGGAGAUUUCCUUUAUUCCCUCCUGAUAAAGGUACUCCCCAACCCUGAGGCCCAGAAGGAACUGGGUUCUCUAGACCAGAAGGGGACAAUGGGAAGCUUGGCAUUUGGAGGAUCCACAGUGUAUUCAGUGAGGCUUGCCUUGAGACAAGCAUGUGAGGCGAGAGCUGGGAUCUCUUUUCCAUGAUUCAGCUUCCCAGGGCUCCAACCUCCUCCUCUUGUUUGAGCUUUGAUAUAUAAAGCGCUCUACAUUAAUAGCCUUC